AUUUACUAAAGAGAACAACACACUGGAAUGCAGUGGCUUGUGUUUAAUUAACAAGCCUGGAAGCCAAGGRAAGUUUUAAGUUUCCUCAGAAAAGGUCUGAAGCAAGCAGCAAGAUGGUCGCCUUGAUGAAAGCACUCUUACUCGUUUACGUCUGCUUGUCAUUUGCGGUUUUUUCGUUGAAUGGUGAAGGCAAUUGUCCUCAGCUGAAAAAAGUUGGAUGCUUCAAAUCAAUAGAUGAGAUAUCAAAAGAAAAAUUUCUAUCAAAACUGGCUCUUACUGAUCGUCCAAAUAUAGACUGGAAAAAUUGGAACAACUACUUGCGUGAUCUCGCGUGUAAAUGCGCUGAACGAGUUGGGGAAGGAAACGGCGAAAUCAGAACAUUUGGUCUUGAGUUCUAUGGAGAGUGUUGGACAAGCCGUAAUUCACCAUUUAAAUUGGAGACAUUGAAAUCAGAAUAUGCAUCAGAUAACUGCUAUGGACCAAACUUCGAAAAAUGCAAUGUUAGCAACAGCAACGAGCAGUGUGCUGGAGGGGCCGACACCAUCGCCGUCUAUCAAUUUGGGUUUUGCCUCUUCAGACCCGAUGGAAUAUACACAGAUCCCAACGACUGCUCUGGUUUCCUCCAGUGUUAUAACAACCAAAAAUUAAAUUUUAAAUGUCCAACUGGUAAAUUGUAUAAUGUGGAAAAAAAAUAUUGUGAUUCGCCAAGCAAUGUUAACUGUUCCGGUCGUCCAACAACUUAAGGAGUGACAACAGACAUCAUAGUGCAUCCAUGGUUUUAGAUUCUUAGUGAAAUGCCUUUGGAUGUAUGACAAAAGAGACUCGCUCAUUCAUAACAAUUAACUUUAUUUAUUUCAAUUAGGAUGRUGUCAUUAUGUUUAUGUUAAACUUAUAUAUUGAAAAUUAGCAAAUAAAGAUGUGCGAUACAAAAAAA